AUGAACAAUCUUCGGUUGAAUAGAGUGUGAGUUUUGUGGCGAUUCCUCGGCGAAACGCGAAAAACAUCGAAAAAACAAAAAUAAAAAUAAAUAUUGUUUGAAUUGGCGGGAGGGUUGUACACUUGCAGCGUGUUUGGCGCGAGUGUGUAGAGUGUGUGCGGCGCUUGCCGAAAAGCCACGCCCCUUAUUUUCGUUUUUCGCAAUUUUUUUGGCCUGGUUUUCUUCUUUUUUCGAAGUUUUUAGGGGUUUUUUGAAGGUUUUUUCUACUUUUUUCUAUUUUACAGUAGUUUUAAAAUUUUUGAACUACCCCUAUUUGUUUCUCUAUGCAAAAUUUAUCAUCAAAUUUGCGAUUUUUGGUUUAGGCCAAUCUGCAGGGAUUUUUAUGAAUCUUUAUUUUUUGUUCAAGAAGAUUUGCGCAUACUCGACAUGUAGUUAAAGUCUUAUCCUUGGAUGCUCGUGAUACGCUGAUUGCUGCGAAAGAACAUCCAGGUGUUGUUUACUCGAAAUUCGCAGCGGAGAAAGGAUUACACAUUGAUGCCAAUCAAGUUUUUCCGAAUUUUUUGAAAAAUUAUAAAAUAGCGUGUCAAAAGUAUCCUUGCUUUGGUUACAAGACUGUUGGAGAUCGUGAAUGGUGGAAUUUUGUUGUGAGAAACACGCUUUUAGAUGUAUGUGAUGAAAAAUUGGCGCGGGGUUUUGAAAUAAUUGUAUUUUUAGUCUGCGCCUGGCUCGUCAAAUGAUAUUACAAGCAAAUUAGCCGACGAACUUUUUGAUUUUUAUGCGACAAAAGAACCGUGGAAGUUGGUUGAAUCUGAUGUAAAUAAUAUUUUCGAAUUGUUUCGAAAAUAAACUUCUAUUCAUUCUAGAUUCGAUCAACUCUUCAAAAGUUCCGCCUCAAAGGCAUCUCACUUGUUGUAACGUCGAAUACUGAUAGUCGCUUGAAAUCGAUUCUCAAACAGUUUUGCCUUGAUGACUUGUUUUCCAUGAUUUUACUUGCUGGCGAAGUUGGGUAUGAAAAACCUGACAAGAAAAUUUUUGAACUUAUUUUCAAUCACUUUGAUUUGUCUAGUCCUUCUGAAAUUUUACAUAUAGGUGAUCACUUUAAAAAUGAUUAUUCUGGUGCUAGAAAUUUUGGCUGUAAAUCUCUUCUCUUUGAUCCUCUUUCUAAAUCUGUUGAAGUGCCCUCCAUUGAUCGUAUCUCUAAAUUUUCUUCCCUCAACUUAUAUUAAAUUUGUAAAUAUCCUUCCAUUAUAUAGAUUGAAUAAUAAAGUUUUUCAGGUCAUGGAUCUCUUUCGAAAGCCAAAAAAGCGAGCUGGAGCUCCAACCGCCGUUCGACAACGAGAAGAUGGAAGUGAUGAAGAUGAGACUGCUGUGAAAACUGCGAUUCCAAAGAAACGACGCAACAAUCCAAUGGUCCAGUCGGUGAGAAUUGGUACAUUUUGUUUUCCAUUUUUAUCCCCUUUCCUAGCCACUCAAUGCAUUCUUGAGUUACAGACUAGUCGGAAAGAAAAGACUGCUCGAUCUUCGUCUGAUUCGGAUGGCGAUGAUGACGAGAUUGCUGUUGCCGAGCACACUUUCGCUGCAUCUGGAGAUUCUGGCCCAGCCGGUCCUCGUGAUUCUGGUGCCACUGCAACUCUCGACAUCGAUACUGAUGUAUCUGUUGAUGCUCAGGCUCAAUUCGAACGAGUUCAACAGCAAUUGAAGGAGGGUCUUGAAAAGGAUGGAAAAGUUCUCUACAAAGGUGCAGCUUUGUAUGGAGCAAAAGAAGCCAAGGACACCGCGAAAGGCAAUGCUUCUAGUGGUAUGAAUAGAAUUGGACCUGUGAGAGCUCCUGCAUUUUUGCGACAAACAGUUCGAUGGGAUUUUGCUCCGGACAUCUGUAAAGAUUAUAAGGAAACUGGUUUUUGUACUUUUGGAGGUAUGUUUUCAUAAUUUUUAGUUAUUUCAAAAUAAUUUAUUGAUUUUCAGAUUCUUGUAAAUUCGUGCACGAUCGUUCGGAUUACAAACACGGUUGGGAAAUCGACAAGGACUUCGAGGAAGGAAAAUACGACGAAGAUGAUAAUACUGAUUAUACCAUCAAGGAAGAGGAUGAAAUGUAUCCAGAAGAAUGUUACAUCUGCGGAAACGCGUUUGUCGAUCCAAUUGUCACCAAAUGCAAGCAUUACUUCUGCACAGAUUGUGCUAUGAAGGAGUUCAAAAAAUCUGCAAAGUGCCCAAUUUGUCAACAAAACACUGAACGGAUUAUGAAUGCGGCGAGGGAUUUGAUAAAUCAUUUGAAACGGAAGAAAGCAGAGCAGAAAGUCCCGAGUGAUCAUGAAGAAGAGGAGGAAGAACCGGCGAGUUCGAAUUGUGAAGGUCAUGAUCAUGAGGAACACCACCAUCAUCAAGAACAUCGCGAGGAUUAUCAAGAUGAUUCUGAAGAGAAUGACGAAGGAGAAGAGGCUGGUUUAGAAAGUGAUAAUGAUCAAGAUGAACCUGAAGUUGCUGAUGAAGAACAAGCUAUUGAAAUGGAAGCGAUUGAUGAUGUGGACGAUGGAGAAGAAGAUGAAUCCGAAAGUGAUGGAAAUGAAUCAGAUUAA